AUGGUCCAACCAAAGAAAGUCGCCAUAAUCGGCAACUUCCCCGAGGGCACCUUCAUUCCCAGUGUAUUCGAGAAAAACAGCCGAAUUGGGGGUCUCUGGCCCACAGCGGUUGACCAUGGUGCUGAGAGACGGCUCAACCCGUGGAUACGGACGAACUUGAGUCGGUUCACGGUGGCUUUCUCGGAUUUGGCGUGGGAAUCUGUGAUUGGGGAGGGGGAGCUGUCGAUGUUCCCGCAGGCGAGACAGGUGGGGCAGUAUUUGGAGAAAUAUACGAAUUUGUAUAUUCCCAAGGGGGUCUUGAGGCUGGGUAAGGAGGUUGUGAAGACGGUUCGUGAGACGGAUGGGUUGAGGGCUAGGUGGACGGUGCAGUGGACUUCGAGAAGCAUAGAUGCAAAUGGCAUUGAGUGCAACGGGCCUGAGAUGGAAUCGGAGGAGUUCGACUAUCUGGUGGUCACGUCUGGAUACUUUGCCAAAGCUCACUUCCCCGAUAUACCUGGUUUGGCUGGGGUCGCUGAUAGGGUUGUCCACAGCUCUGAAGUGCAGACUAUAGACGAUGUGCAGCAGCUGCUGGAGAGGACUGGGUCCUCGGGUGGCAAGCUGGUCGUUAUUGGGGGCAGUAUGUCCGGAGUAGAAGCUGCUUCGACAGUGGCGCUUCAUCUAUCUACGAUGGAUUACAAGCCCCCAGUGAUACAAUCCGGACGUGACUAUGAAGUCCAUCACAUAUCCUCGAGGCCCUUCUGGACAAUACCCACCCACCUUCCCCACGAUGGCUUCCAGGAUAAUACCAAGACGCAGAACAUGCAAUUCCUACCCCUUGACCUCGUCUUCUACGAUCUUGCCCGACGCCCUCCCGGCCCAGUCGAAUACGGACUCGGACCGCUCUCCACAGAACGCAUACGCAAAACAAAUGAAUACUUCCGCUCCCUCCUCGGCGCCGAGUACGUAAAAAUCGGCAGCUUUGGAAUCGGCAACAACGAGAGCGAAGAUUCGCAGCCAUCAUGGAUCGGCAUAGGAGACGACUAUGCCGAAUACGUCCGCUCGGGCUUCAUCAAGCCCACCAUCGGCCGACCACCGGCUACACCCCCUUCUCAUCCCUCAGCUUCCUCCCCUCUCCCAUCCUCUCCACCCUCGAAUACUCCACCAGUCGACCCCUUCAUCCCCCUCAUCCUGGACGGCAAAGGCACCUCACACGCCGAAAUCCCCGACCUCGGCUUCGUCGGCUUCUACCGCGGACCCUACUGGGGCGCAAUGGAAAUGCAAGCCCGCAGUCUCGCAAACACAUGGGUCAAAGACCUCUCCUUCACAGGCCCCUACUUCACCAACGAAGAACUCACUCAAAAGACCAACGAACGCGACCUCCUUCGCACUCUCCGCACUACAACCCUCCCCCGCAGCCAAUUCCCAAUGGGCGACUACGUAGGUCUCAUGGAGACCCUAGCCCGCGAGCUCAACAUCCCUCGAGCCCCUAUCCCCACCACUGCUCAACCCCAUACCCAAAGCCAUGACAAAACCAACCACGGCCCCGUCCUCCCCUCCCGCUACAUCCCCACCCCCUUCCUCACCCCAACCCCAUCAGACCGCCUCUCCACCCUCAUCGACCGCGAAAGCACCAACACCCUCAAAUCCCUCCAACGAACCAUCACCCCCAGCCCGACAAACUACAACCUAGGCAUGGGAAUGGCCAUCUUCCGCGCCCUCCAUGGACAAUGGACCUACACUCGCACAGUCACUCACAUCUUACCCUCACCGUCACCGUCAACAUCUCUCCCAACACCGACCCGCUCAUCCCAACUCUCGCAAAUCUCAGGAACAGCUACCUUCCAUCCUCGUCGUACAUCUAGUAUCUGGUACGAGAAGGAGUAUGUAUAUGAAGAACUUUACACCAACAACGAUACCAACACCGAGAAUAACCAUAAUACUAUUGUCGAUGAUGGGGAUAAAUCGACCAGAAAACGCUACAUAUACCGUCUCACAGAAGGAACCUGGAGCAAGAAGAACGGCCAAAUCCUCAUUUGGAACGUGGACAUUGAUCCUUUCCACGCGGGGAAGUUCUCGCAUGGGAUGUUUGUGGGGUUGGCGGAGAAAGUAACGACCCCUGUUGAUGGUGACGAUGAGGGAAUAGAGGAAUCAAGGUAUGUGGUUCGGGCUGCGGCGGGGGCGAUACCGAUGGAUCGGGAGAAAGAGAGGGAUCCGAAGUAUGAGUAUGUGUUUCGGAUGGAGGGGGUGUCGAUUUUGGAGUGGGAGUGUGUUAUUAGGGAGAAUGUGGUUGGUGGUGAUGGUGUUGAGGGUGGGGGUGGGGGGUUGGUUACGAGGACAGUUUAUAGGCGGUGA